AUGGAGAGUUUGUAUAACAUGUUUGUAAUAUUAUUCUUUCUAUUUAUUUUUAAAACCACAGAUGUAUUAACUUUCGAAGUGGAUACAUACGAUUUUUUGAUGCCUAACGUUCAUCCCCACAGGGACGAGCUCUACCUAUGUACACCGAUCAGAAUAUCACCGAACCAAAACUUUUAUAUUGUGGGAUUCAAACCAAAUGCAACCAUGCAUACUGCUCAUCAUAUGCUACUCUAUGGAUGCUCAGAACCUGGCUCCAACGACCCAGUAUGGAGUUGCGGGGAAAUGCAGAGCAACGAAGUCGACAAUCUGUACACCACAGCUAGUCCGUGCCGAUCGGGAUCUCAGAUUGUGUACGCCUGGGCUAGAGACGCACCAAGUCUGGAGCUUCCCAAAGAUGUCGGCUUUUUAAUUGGACAAGAUUCGCCAAUCAAAUAUCUCGUACUACAAGUUCAUUAUAUGACCAAGUUUCCAGAAGGAAAAACUGACAACUCGGGCGUGUUUUUAAAGUACACUCAAGAAACAAUGCCUCGUCAGGCAGGCGUAAUACUUCUAGGAACAAGUGGUGUCAUCCCACCAGAUUCUGUUGAACAUAUGGAAACAGCCUGUAUCAUGAAAGAAGAGAAGGUCAUACAUCCCUUCGCUUUUAGAACUCACACUCAUGGUCUUGGUAAGCAAAAAGUGUCAGGUUACGUAGUCCGCAAAUCAAUGCAAGGCGACAAAUGGGAGUUGAUUGGCAGUAAGGACCCUCAGUUGCCGCAAAUGUUCUAUCCAGUAGUCAACACGGAUCCAAUUGGCAAGUUUGACGUACUGGCUGCUAGAUGUGUCAUGAAUAAUACUAGACAUGAGCUGGUUAAGAUCGGGGCAACGAACAGAGAUGAAAUGUGCAACUUCUAUCUCAUGUACUGGGUGGAGAAUGACACACCACUUAAAAUGAAGUACUGCUUCUCGUCGGGACCGCCGUAUUACUAUUGGGGCAUGGGGCCAGAGAACUUCAACCGUAUACCCGAUCUCGACAAUACUGUAUAA